UGCGCACUGCCGAUGUGCUGGGAGAAGUAAAGUUUGAGGCUCUCCGGCUGGCGGAGGGAUCGGGGGGGGAGCUCGGGUGAUGUGGCCGCAGACUCGGCGGUUGAGGCGGUGGGAGAUCUAGUUCCCGGGGAGUGAACAUGCCGCCUGGAGCCGCUGCCUGAAGCAGGGAGUUCCCGGGCUGAGGGAAUGUUAUCCAGAAAGAAAACCAAGAAAGAAGUGAAUAAACCGGCCGAGGUGCAGGGGAAGUAUGUGAAGAAGGAGACCUCCCCCCUGCUGCGGAAUUUGAUGCCCUCCUUUAUACGCCAUGGUCCAACCAUCCCACGACGAACUGAUGUCUGUCCCCCUGAACCAAAGCCUUCCCAUUACACCCCGCCAGGAGAUGGCGCUGUGUCCAGGAACCAAAGUUUUUUACGGACUCAUAUCCAGAGAGCACCACAAGAAGUCAUGCGCAGGGAAAGCAACAGACUUUCCGCUCCUUCCUAUUUGGUCCGGGGACUGGGUGAAGUGCCCAGGGAAUAUGGCAACUCUUCACAGUCCUUUCUAACUGAGGUUAAUUCUGUGAGGGAAAAUGGGGAUGGUAAUGCCAGAUAUUAUUGUUCAGAUCAACAGUUUGAUGGACAGAGGAGGAGGCAAGUUGAUCGUGCCCAUGACGAAUACAGAUAUUAUGAUCAUAACAGUGACCAUGUACAGAGGAUUAUUCACGGACAAGGAAGGCCACAAGCAGGUAUUGGACGAAUAGCGGCUACAUCGUUAGGAAACUUAACAAAUCACAGUACUGAAGACAUGCCUCUUCCUCCCGGAUGGACUGUAGACUGGACUAUACGGGGAAGGAAAUAUUACAUCGAUCACAACACAAACACUACACAUUGGAGCCAUCCCCUCGAGAGGGAAGGUUUACCCCCUGGCUGGGAACGAGUGGAGUCAGCUGAAUUUGGAGUGUAUUAUGUGGAUCAUAUCAAUAAAAGAGCCCAGUAUAAGCACCCGUGUGCACCAAGCGUUCCCAGGUAUGACCAGCCACCUCCUCUCCCUCCACCCAUUACUUAUCAGCCUCAGCAAGUCGAAAGGAGCCAGCCGCUUCUGGUGCCUGCAAAUCCAUACCAUACAGCCGAGAUCCCCGACUGGCUUCAGGUGUAUGCCCGUGCUCCUGUGAAAUAUGACCACAUUUUGAAAUGGGAACUAUUCCAGUUGGCAGAUUUGGACACGUAUCAGGGUAUGCUAAAAUUGCUUUUCAUGAAAGAACUGGAACGAAUUGUUAAGCUGUACGAAGCUUACAGACAGGCACUGCUCACAGAGGUGGAAACUCGGAAGCAGAGACAGCAGUGGUAUGCCCAACACAACAAGAACUUCUGACAACUUCUAGGAGUUCCGUAAAGCCCCACCUUGUAUUUUAUUUUAUUGCUUUUCCGGAGUGGAAGAAAGUUGAUUUUAUUUAAUAUU